AGACACGUCCAGCCUUGAUCCUAGCCUCAGCCGCCGCUGGCACAACUUUGACCCCACCCCACCUUGGUUGCGUGCAGCGAACGGCCAGCAACCUUGCUUCCCUCAGAUCUGAAAGCCGACAUGAGGAUUUUGUUGAUUCUUUUUCUCACCUCCCUCCCGGCCACGGUUAAACUCACAUCACGCUAAGCCUUCCCUUUGCAUGCGUUAGGUUAACUUGAGCCUCCGCAUCCACGUCACGUUCUUUUGCAGUUACUAGCCUCCAACAGGCACUCAACGGUCUCGCCCCCACUGGUUGCCUGUGAACAAGUCGGUUUCCCAACACGAUCCCAUUUCCUGUAGCAACUUUCUGGCAGUGGUCACGAUUCUACUUUUCCCACCCACGCUUGCGCCUUUACUUCUGCUACGAAACAAACCGACAGCACGUUUGCUCCCCGAGACCAACUUUUCGACCGCUUGAUGUUGGCUUGCAAAUUCUCCGAACUUGCCUUCGAAAUCAACCCGGUAGUUAGGCACAAGCUACUUGAGCAGAUCUGACCUGCCGCCUUCGCUGCAAGCCCUGCUUGCAACAGGACUUCAGCCAAGAUGGUCAAGGCAGACUAUAACCGCGACUAUUACGCGGAUCUUGAACUUCCGCAGAACGCAGAUGUGAAUGAUGUCAAAAGGCAGUUUCGCAAACUUGCCCUCAAAUAUCACCCGGAUCGUAAUCCCGGACGCGAAGCCGAGGUGAACGCAAAGUUUCAGACUAUUCAGGCCGCCCAUGAGAUUCUCACCAGCCCGGAGCAGAGGAGCAAAUAUGAUGCCCAUCGUUCGCGCCGCGCCCCUGGCGCAUCCAACGUGAGGGGAAAUCCAUGGGCAGAUGCUGGCAGGAACUUCCCCCCGCCUCCGCAACGGAAUCGUCCAAAUGCCUCCGGCGGGUCGUCGCGACCGGCGGGCACCGCUUCUUCUGCCGAUAGAUAUGCCAGAUUCCCCAACCAGCCGCCACCACCACCACCCAGGCCCACCGAGGACCCAAAGUCGAGAGCGGAGGCAUUUGAGUCCAUGAGGCCGAAGCCGAGGCCUCGGGCCCCCACAGCCCCUCACACAGGUGCGCAUACUGGCUCCAGUUCGUCCGGCGCGUCGACUAGGCCCAGGCCGCCGGAUACGCGGCAGACUGCCUACACGGCAUCGCAGCAGAAAAAGGCGGAGGCUUCGUUUGGAAACAGAACUGGUCGGUCAUUAAGGUCUGGCUUCGUGCCUGGAUCGCCCAUGGGGGACGAACCUCCUGUGGCUAGCAGCAACUACUCAUCUAGCAAGAGACACACCAGUUUGUUCGAUGAGACUGCAGCGCCGCCCCCAGUGCCUCCGAGAGAGCGGGCGGAUUACGGCACUGGUUCUGGUUCUGGUGCAGAUGAUCGGUUUCCCCCAAAUCUCGAUCCUCGCAGCAGCCCGUACCAAACUCGGAGUGGCGAGAGGUUGAAUCCCUUUGAGGGUGGAACAUCUGUCAACCGGGCUAAGAGUACUAGGGAGAGUCACCGUAGGGCGCAAGACGAUCCCGAUCACUUCGCAACACCAAAUCGCCAGCGCAGCUUCAGCGUAUCAGACGAGCCCGAGGGUAAAACGUACCCUGCAACGGAGCCUAGGCAAGCGAACAUCAGCAGGAAGGCUACUGCAAACACUAGCAAUAUACCCGACAGUGCUAGGGGACCUCGAUUCCAGGAUCAAUUUUCAUCAAAUGCGGGCCCGGGAAUGUCUGCAGCGUCAUCGGCGGGCUAUGGUUUUCAUGACGGCUCCGCGCCACAAACAAGCGGUGCGGCCGCCGACGGCUCUCAUGGUUCUAGAGCAUUCAGAGACGAUUCGGACCCCCAUCCCAAUGUCUUCCCUCAAAACCCGAACAACGGCAUGCAUGUGGAUUCUGCCGAGCCAAGCAGCUUCGCGAGAAGUAGUGCGGAUUCUAUCAACACUAGGUUUGUUCCUGAUGAGCACACAAACGUUAACUGGCAGUUCAAUGCUGGCGGCGACUUUAGCCCGAGUACGCAUGGGGCGGGGUCGCGUCGCGCACAGUCCGGUAGCCGACAUGGUCGACGCUCCCCUACUAAAGGCCACUCACGGAUGGCGGGCAUGGCUGCAGGCGCUGCAGCAGCCACAGCUGCCGGGUUGGCCGCUUCUGGCACUUUCAGGAACUUGAGCUCGGGUUCGGAAGGUAGCAGCGAAGACGAGGGUGCCAAUCCGCAGGCACGCGCCGAGAAACAACCCUCACCGCACCAACAGCAAGAUCAAGCUGGCUUCGACGCAGAUGUAUGGAGCGACAAGAUCGGCUCCGAGCAUUUCGUGCCGGUGCCUCCGCCACGAGGGUCGGGCUCACCAUCACGACCGCCCAUGCGACCCCCAAAGAGGCGACCGACGGUCAGAAUGACGAAGGGGGGCUCGGCUGGUCUCGUGGAGGAAGAGGACACAACCAGUGGCGAAGAUCGGGCGGGCGGAGUUGCCGUAGAUGGCAUGGACAGCUCGAACGCUAUGGACAUCGACACACCCAUGGGCGAGCCUACUACUAUGCCCCAAGCUACGGUAGCUAAUGGUGUACGGGGGGUGCCGGUCGAACCCUCUCGACCAGAGUGGAGGGCCGGUGAUGCAAACGGUUUCGCUACUGCAGCUCAUCCUCCUGCUAUUACUGCCUCCGAUCCACCGGGUGUUAAGCCUCGGUUCAACGUUAGCAACGCUGCCGGGUCUGAAGAUACCGAUGACUUCGGAGCAGGUUUCGAUGAUCUCAAAAACGUUGAGCCGAUUGCCCAGCGUGCAGCCGGCCUCAACUCGUUUGAUGAUCUCAAGACACAUUUACCUUUUGAGAGCAGGGCUGCAGUCAAUGUACCUGUUGACAAGGCAAAGGGAAGUCAAGAGGCAUCCAUCAACUUCCCCAAACCGCCGGUGCCUCCACGCGCGCCAGCUCCAUUGGCGAUUUCGGGCCUCAAGCCGAGCGGAUCUGCAUGGGAGGCGCAUGUAAACGAGUUCGAGAUUUACUUGCGCGAGUGGGAUACCUUCAACUCUAAGUUUGUGGAUCAUGUGCUCGCCCGGCAGAACCAACUGAAUAAGGCAAAGCAGAAGAGUGGACUUUCGCUGUUGUACGCACGCAACCUCAAGAGUAUGCAAGAGUAUGCUACCUGGCUCGAACAGGAUCAACAGGUGCACGACAAGUGGACGACAUAUCACAAUGAGCACCUCAAGCGGGUGCGAGAGUUUAUGGCGCACCAGGAGAAGAUGAAGGAGUAAAGCUUGAGAUAUCGGGGUGUAUAGAGUCUUGAACAUGAAAAUUUGAAAGCACAGGGCAUAAGCCUGCCGGAGUUGGUGCUGGUUCCAUUGGCAGAUGCCGACCAGAGCGCGCUUUAUACAACUAAGAAGCCUGGUAGAAUACGUUUGAUGCUUCCGAUUUGCGGCACGCUUGUUUAUCAACCUCGAGCUUUAUACCAUUAUUAGUACAUACAACUUGCUGCAUACUUUCGUCACUAGACUCCGGCAAAAUGGCUAGCUGGGACUCUGGAAUGAGAGGAUGCGGUCUGUAUAAUGAGAUGAUACCCAUUUCCGUCAUCCACGGAUUCUUCAUUGGAACCUUGCAAAAAGAAAACAAAAAGCGCCGAUUGUCAUGUUGCAUGUUGGCGCUGAAAGCGCGG